AUGUUUAUUUAUUGCGGUCAAAAACUCACAAAGAUUUACCGACCUCAGGUUAUCAGUCAUACUGAGGACGUAGUUAUGAGUCUAAUGAAAGGAAAAUUAAAUAAUUUCCAUUCUUUAUAUAUGGACAACUUUUACAACAGCGUAGAUUUAGCUCACAAACUUUUGUUAAAACAAACCUAUUGCACCGGUACAUUACGAAUGAACAGGAAAAAUAAUCCAAAGGAAAUAACCAGUAAAAAAUUGAAAACUGGAGAACUUAUUUCAAAAUAUACGAAUGAUGGAAUAUGCGUGUUGAAGUGGAAAGAUAAACGUAAAGUAUUAGGUUUAUCGACUGAAUGGAAAGCAGACUUAGAGAAUGUGAAAAAUAGGAAAGGUGACGAGAAAGAAAAGCCAGUGCCUAUUAUAAAUUAUAACAAGUUUAUGUCGGGAGUAGAUCGUCAGGAUCAGAUGUUAUCUUAUUACCCGUGUGAACGGAAAACCCUUCCCGUCAUACGAGAACUAUUACAAAAAUCUCAAGAACAACCACUGUCAUCUACGUUAUCUGAUAAUAAAAAUAUGCAUGCUCCUGAACUUUUACCAAAAAGUGAAAAGUCUUCCAAAACACAAAGAAAGAGAUGCCGUUACUGUGGUGAGAUUGGAAAUCUUAAAGAUACAUCUUAUUUUUGUUCAGGUUGCAAGGAAAAACCUCUCUUAUGUUUAGAACCAUGCUUUAAAAAAUACCAUAUGAUGUAA